AAGCGCAAGGACACAAUCCGUUGUUAUCGACGCCAACCGUUUCAGAGAUAACACGUGUCAUCAUUCUAGUCCAUCGUCAACCCCACAUCCUCCUCCUCUUCUUAAUCUUCCUCCACUGCAAUUUCCUCUGCUAAUACUAACCUAAUCCCUAAUUUACUCUCUCUAUAACCUAAAAGGCUCGCCUGACUUUACCUUUUCAGGUUUAGAGAGACGGCCGGACCUCUUCAGUCGGCGGAUGCUUUAAAUUCGAUUUAUGUUAGUUUUGAAAUCAUUCUCAUUUAAAGCGUGGCGGCGGCGGUGCAUGUUUCUGUCGAGGAGGAGAAAUGGCCGCUAAGAAGGCGUGUGAGUCGUUCUCGAAGUCUUUUAUAGAAGAGGUUCAGAAAUGGGGACGUAUGAAGCAGACCGGAGUUAGUCUUCGGUACAUGAUGGAGUUCGGGUCUAAACCUACUGAAAAGAAUUUGAUGAUUUCCGCUCAAUUUCUUCACAAGGAAUUGCCCAUUCGAAUCGCUCGCAGAGCCAUUGAGCUUCAGUCUCUCCCGUACGGUUUAUCUGAUAAACCCGCUGUUUUGAAGGUGCGAGAUUGGUACCUGGACUCUUUCCGCGAUCUUAGAUUGUUUCCUGAUAUCAAGGAUUCGAAUGAUGAGAAGGAAUUUACCCAAAUGAUUAAGGCUAUUAAGGUCAGGCAUAACAACGUGGUUCCUAUGAUGGCAUUAGGUGUUCAGCAGCUGAAGAAAGGCAUUGAUCUUAAGAUUGUUUAUGAAGAUCUUCACGAGAUUCAUAACUUUUUGGAUCGUUUUUAUAUGUCCAGAAUUGGAAUCAGAAUGCUUAUUGGGCAGCAUGUGGAGUUGCACAAUCCCAACCCCCCUCCUCAUUGUGUAGGCUAUAUUCAUACGAAGAUGUCUCCUGUUGAGGUUGCUCGAAAUGCUAGUGAGGAUGCCCGUUCCAUCUGUUUCAGGGAAUACGGGAGUGCUCCUGAUGUUAAUAUAUAUGGGGAUCCCAGCUUCACUUUCCCGUAUGUUCCAGCACACUUGCAUCUUAUGGUUUUUGAGUUGGUCAAGAAUUCCCUGCGUGCUGUUCAAGAGCGCCACUUGGACUCGGAUAAAGUGGCACCUUCUGUGCGAUUGAUUGUUGCUGAAGGAAUUGAGGAUGUCACUAUAAAGGUAUCAGACGAAGGGGGAGGUAUUCCACGGAGUGGUCUUUCGAAAAUUUUCACUUACCUUUACAGCACUGCUAAAAAUCCAUUGGAUGAGCAUGCCGAUCUUGGAACAGCGGAUACAGUAACCAUGGCUGGAUACGGAUAUGGUCUUCCAAUUAGCCGCAUGUAUGCUAGGUAUUUUGGAGGCGAUCUGCAAGUUAUCUCUAUGGAAGGAUAUGGCACUGAUGCAUACCUUCAUUUGUUGAGAUUGGGAGAUUCACAAGAGCCCUUGCCAUGAGUGUUCAACUUCAAAACCGAACUUCUUGACGACAAUGACAUUUGAAUCGUAGCAUUCACACUUAAAAAUUUGUAGAAUGCAAUACUGUUCAAGUGUUCAGGCUUACAAUAUGGCCCUAUUGGCUCCGGUAUUUCUUCAUGUUGCUACUUUAGCAUGCGCUGCAACAGUAAUUCCUUUUAAAAGUGUCAUAUAAAACAAGCGUUCCUUUCA